AUGCCGAUUGCGAUAAUUGGCAUGAGCUUCCGUGGCCCAGGUGAUGCCGUGGACCUUGACUCAUUCUACCGCAUGAUUUACGACGCGAGAGAAGCCUGGGGCCCAGUACCACGAUCGAAAUGGAACAACGAUGCCUUUUACCAUCCGGAUGCCAAUCACAAUGGGACAUCCAACAUCGGUGCGGGGCAUUAUUUCUCGGCUGAUCUCUCUCGGUUUGAUGCUCCCUUUUUUAAUAUGACCCAUGAUGAGGCAAAGGCUUUGGAUCCCCAACAGCGGCUUCUCCUGGAAUGCAGUUAUGAAUGUCUCGAGAGCGCUGGUGUCUCACUGAAAGCUGUCAGUGGAAGCAACACAUCGGUCUUUGUGGGCUCUUUCACCAAUGACUACACAGACAUGCUCUUGCGGGAUCCCGAAACGGUUCCUCUGUAUCAGGCAACGGGGAGUGGCCAUUCGCGUGCUAUUUUAUCUAACCGGCUCUCUUACUUCUACGACUUUCAUGGACCGAGUGUGACAAUUGAUACAGCAUGCUCAGCCAGUCUAGUAGCUCUCCAUAUGGCGUGCCAGAGCUUGCGCACAGGAGAAUCCGAACAAGCCAUUGUCGCAGGCGUCAAUGUUAUUUUGAGCCACGAAAUGUCAAUCAGCAUGUCGCGAAUGAGGUUCUUCUCGCCUGAUGGCCGGUGUCAUACAUUUGAUGACCGCGCCAAUGGAUACGGGAGAGGAGAAGGAGUGGGAUGUGUGCUGCUUAAACCCCUCUCAGUGGCGCUUAGAGAUGCGGAUCCUAUACGAGGUAUCAUUAGGAGUACUGGCAUAAACCAAGAUGGGAAGACUGCCGGUAUCACCUUGCCUAAUCCGAGUGCCCAGGAGGCACUUCUACGCCAUGUCUACAAUGCGGCUGCGUUGGAUCCAAUAAAUACAGAUUACGUUGAAUGCCAUGGAACUGGAACCCGAGCAGGCGAUUACGCAGAACUGUCUGCGAUUGCGAACGUGUUCUGCACCAAGCGGACCCCCGAGAAUCCUUUAGUAGUUGCGUCCGUGAAGACCAAUGUAGGGCAUCUUGAAGGUGCAAGUGGUAUUGCUGGCCUGAUCAAGGUAAUUCUUAUGAUGGAAAAAAAGACCAUCCUGCCGCAUAGGAACUUCGAAAUACCCAACAAGCAGAUACCGUUCGAAAAAUGGAACCUGAAGGUUCCUACCCGACCACAACAUUGGGAUGCCCGUGGUCCACGUAGGGCAUCGAUCAACAGCUUUGGGUACGGUGGAACAAACGCCCAUGCGAUCGUAGAGGAGGCAGGAGAGUAUCUUGCUUUUCUCGGUCGAGAGAUCGGCAUUGAGCAGGACAUUGAGAAACCACAGACGAAUGGUGUACCAAUUCCGGAAAGCAGCAGUCACUCUUCUAUAUCAAGCCUUGUAUACGCUCUCUCGAGUGCGGAUCCAGUAUCUGGGACGAGCUAUGCUAAUCGGCUAUCUUCAUACAUUGAAGGUCUAGAACAUCUGCCAAAACGAUUCCCGUCUGAUCUAGCUUACACAGUAGGAAAAAGAAGCUCCAACCUCCGAUGGAAAGCUGCUGUUGCAGCACAGUCGGUGCGAGACUUAACAAGUUUGUUGAAAAGUAGUGCAGUCCAGUUCUCCCAAUCCAUGAUCAAGGAUCCGGUUGUUGGAUUUGUUUUUACUGGGCAAGGAGCUCAAUGGCAUGCCAUGGGUCGGGAACUGAUGUGCGCCUAUCCGGUUUACCGGGAGAUCAUUACCAGAGCCGGCGAAUGCUUAAGGUGGCUGGGGGCUACCUGGGACCUUACGGCGGAGCUGUCCAAGUCGGCAGAAUUAUCUCAACUUAAUAAGGCACUGCUUAGCCAGCCUAUAUGUACUGCCGUGCAGAUUGGAUUGGUAGAACUACUAGGAUCUUGGAACAUCUCCCCUACAUCGGUGUGCGGACAUUCUAGCGGGGAGAUAGCGGCUGCCUAUGCAGUGGGUGCGUUAAGCCUGGAGGAUGCUAUGAAGGUUGCAUAUUUUCGCGGAGUUGUAUCCGAAAAGCUCAGUUACAAUAGCGAUGGGAAAGGAGGAAUGAUGGCGGUAGGCCUUUCAGAACAGGGCGUACUUCCUUUCCUUGAGCGACUUAAGGAGGGCAAGGUCACCGUGGCCUGCGUGAAUAGUCCAUCCAGCAUAACGGUGUCUGGGGAUGGUGCUGGUAUCGAAGAGCUUCAACGUUACCUAGCUGGGCAGGAAAUCUUUGCUCGCAGGCUUAACGUCUCUGUCGCCUACCAUUCCCAGCAGAUGGCGCAGGUCGCUUCUGAAUACUGGAAUAUGAUUGCCAACAUCACUAUACAGCCUGUAAAGUCUAGGGUUCAGUUUUUCUCCUCGGUGUACGGAGAUUUGGUUGACUCUUCUGAGCUGGGUCCUGAUUACUGGGUUUCCAACCUCUUAGGCCAGGUUAAAUUUGCCAAAGCGUUGAAAAACCUUUGCCUCGGCACUCUUGCCCCAGGAAAGCCUCAUGGGCGCCGCUCAAAGUCUGCUGUCAACAUCCUGGUUGAGGUAGGGCCGCACUCCGCUCUGUCCGGGCCCAUUAAGGAUAUACUUAGGGAUGAGCAGAAACUUCAUAGGAGUGAAAUUAUCUACAGCCCCACUCUGGUGCGAAACACUGAUGCAGUUGUAAGCUGUCACCAGCUUACAUGCAAAUUGAUUACUGCGGGCUGCCAGGUGGACCUUGUAAAGCUCAACCGAAUUGAUCCCAAAAAAUCUAAGAUAUUGAUGGAUUUGCCGUCCUACGCUUGGAACCAUUCCAGAUCCUACUGGGCAGAGCCACGGCUUAGCACAUCAUGGCGCACCUCAUCCCAUCCACGACAUGAUUUGCUAGGAUCGAUGUGUCGUGAUUCAAACCCGCUGCAGCCACAAUGGCGGUGCAUUCUUCGAACCUCAGAACUACCCUGGAUAAAGGAUCACAGGAUUCUCUCGGAAGCCGUCUUCCCCGCUGCCGGGUUUCUAGCGAUGGCUGUGGAGGCUAUGAGGGAACACGCAAAGGCUCAGUCUAUCGAACCAGUAGGAUUUUAUCUUCGCGAGUUCACGAUUUCUCACGCAUUGAUAUUUCCGAGUGCCUUGGAGGAAUCUGAGGUCAUGAUAUCUCUUAAACCAUAUAGCGAGAGUAUCCGUGCACCCUCGAAUAAGUGGUAUGAGUUCUCAGUGGUUUCCGUUAACGAACAAAACCGCUGGACGGAGCAUUGCCGCGGUUUGGUUGGUUUCCGCAAAGAUGGGCUUGUCGAAAACGAUGUAAAUGGAGACUUCAGAGCCCAAGCUGAAGAGGAGAGUUUGGAUUCAUUGCUUUGUGAUUUUAAAGUCUCCUGCAAAGCACGGGUGGAUCCCCGGAAGCUGUAUGAGCGUUUACAGUUAUUGGGUCUUGAUUACGGAGAAACCUUCACGAACAUCAAGGAUAUUUCUGUUAUGCCGAAUAAAUCUCGGUGUAUCGUCACAAUCCCCAACACGAGGGCCAUUAUGCCAUAUGAAUACGAGUCGUCUUUCCUAGUUCACCCAGCUACCCUGGAUAGCAUUAUUCAGACGUUGUUUCCUGCCAUCGAGUCUGGCCUCGGUACCCUUAGAAGCCCUGCUUUACCUGUCUUUGCCAAGGAGGUAUACAUUGACAACGACUUUCCCAGAUAUACCGGACAGGACUUGGAAGUUCUCACUACCGUUGUCGCGAAUAAUGCGCGAGAGCAUACUGCAUCAAUGACCGUUGUGGGAGGGCAAAUGUCAAGUAAAAAAGUUGCCUUGUCUAUCUGCGAUUUGAAAUGUGCGGAUAUUAAUCCCACUGCUGUCCAGGGGGGUGAUAGUCCAGCAAUUGUACAACCCGUGUAUAAGGUAAACUGGCGAGAGGACGUGGACCUCCUCACGCCAGACAAUAUAUCCGAUAUCUGCAGCGGGGUCUGGGACCAGAGUCAGGAGGAAGGGAUUUUGGCUCGAGAACGAGCAGCAUUUUAUUACAUGGAGCAGGUUCUGUUGGAAAUUCGCCCGGAAGAGGUCGCUCAAUUCCGAGAUUAUCAUCGACAAUUUUGGGAUUGCAUGAACAUGCGGGUCCAGGAAAUCCGACGAAAGAAAGGUGGUGUUAAAGCUGAAAGCUGGAUAAAUGCCACGUCCGAUAGCCGAGCCCGGUUCCUAGAAGAGAUAAAAUCACAUGGAGAUGAAGGACGUCUUCUUUGCCAUGUUGGGCAGAACUUAGCGCGGAUUUUGAGACAGCAGGUCGAACCGCUGCAGUUUAUGUUUGAAGAUGGAUAUAUGGAUGACUACUAUGCAACCAACAUUCAAUUGAACAUGAGCCAUGAAGCUGCAGCCCGUUAUAUGGAGCUUUUAGCACACAAGAAUCCGAGCAUGUCAAUUCUUGAGAUAGGUGCUGGGACUGGUGGCUCCACUCUCCAUCUCCUGCAAGCCCUCGAUCGUGUAACAAACAAUCGAGCACACCUUUCCAGGUACUGCAUUACCGAUAUUAGCAAGGCCUUUUUCCAAUCCGCGAGAGAGAAAUUCCAUAAAUGGGAGUCCAUGCUUGAGUUCCGCGUUCUAGACAUCGAGAAAGACCCAACGGAACAAGGAUACAUGGCUCACAAAUAUGACGUGGUUAUUGCGGAUAACGUUCUGCAUGCGACGAAGAAGAUACAGGACACUCUUCAGAACGUGCGCAAGCUUCUGAAGCCAGGAGGGAAAUUGAUAUUAGUAGAAUUGGUGCGUGAAAGCCUUUCUAGCAUUACUAUUUUCGGUACAUUACCUGGCUGGUGGGCAGGGCGGGAAAAUGGGAGGCCGCACGGUCCCAGCAUGCUCAGUACACAGUGGCAUUCCCUUCUAAAGCAGACUGGCUUUUCCGGACUAGAUGCAGAUGUACGCGGCCCAGAAGCCGAAUCGAUGCAACUAUCAUCUAUGAUGGCCUCCACGGCGGUAGUGAAUCCCGCUAAAUUAUCUACUACAGCUGAUGUCGUGGUGACAGCCAAUCUAACAUGCCGCGAGAUCUCCUUGCAUUGUUUAAAGGACCAGUUAGUGCCAUUGGUGAAGUCAGUGUCCUCGGCUACAUUAACCACUGUUGAGCCACAAGGGAAAGUCUGUAUAAUCUUGGAUGACUUUACGAAUUCAUACUUCAGCAAUCCCACUAGAGAGCAAUUUGAAGGCAUUAAACGCAUUUCUACAGCCGCGUCGGGCAUCUUAUGGGUCGUUCGUGGAGGCAAUAUAUCCGUGCCUAACCCAGCUGCCAAUUUCAUCACAGGCUUCGCGCGAACUAUUCGAUCAGAAAACCCCGACAAACUAGUUGGGGUUUUAGAUUUGAGCGAUGCGCAACUCGCGUGCCCGUGCGCCUCUGCAAAUCAGGUAAUUAAAGUUUUUGAAGCAUUAUUCACGCAAAAGAGUGUGAAAACGGGGGCUUCGGAUGUAGAAUUCGCUGAAUGCGACGGCCGCAUCUUCAUCCCUAGGCUCGUGGAGGAUAGUCAAGCUAAGAAAAAAAUAUCCUACACACUUUCCAGAACUGCCUGUGAAUACCGAGAAUUCUGCAAUUCGCGCCGUCCAUUGAAGAUUGAGGUAUCUACGCCAGGCCUUCUAGAUUCAAUCCGAUUUGUCGAUGACCACCGACUCCAAGCCCAGCUUGCGCCAGACUGCGUGGAGAUCCAAGUGCAAGCCAGCGGAUUGAACUUUAAGGAUGUGAUGAUAGCCGUGGGCCAAAUUGAUUACGAACCCCUCGGCCUAGAGUAUAGCGGCACAGUCACAUCAAUAGGAGAGCAGGUGCAGAAUAUUUUGCCGGGAGACCGCGUGUGUGGAUAUUCCUGUGGAACCAUCGCCAGUGUCAUCCGUGAAAAAGCAGCAGCAGUCCAGAAAAUUCCGGACAGCAUGAGUUUUGAAACUGCUGCAUCCUUGCCAAUUAUUUUCUGUACUGCAUACUUCGCCGUACAUCGUGCCGCUGCGGUUAAGAGUGGGGACAAAGUACUGAUUCACGCCGCCUCAGGAGGAUUAGGUCAGGCACUGAUCCAGCUUUGUCAGAUGUCAGGGGCCGAGAUCUACGCCACGGUGGGAAACAAAGUGAAGAAGGACUUCUUGAUAUCAACCUUUAAUAUUGAUAAGGACCACAUCCUUUUCAGCCGGGAUACGAGCUUUGCCAAAGACAUCAAGCGAUUAACGCACGGUAUAGGUGUUGACGUGAUCAUGAAUUCCUUGGCCAGCGAUAUGCUAAGACUAACCUGGGAGUGCAUUGCACCAUUUGGGAGGUUUGUCGAGCUAGGGGCUAGGGAUUACACUGUCAAUUCUCGCUUGGAGAUGGCUCAAUUUCAACAUAAUGUGUCAUUUACGGUAGUAAACCUAGCUUCUUUAAUCCGCGAAAAGCCCUGGGAUGCCGCAGCUGUCUGGGCAUCUGUCAUGAACCUUGCUCGCGAGAAACAAAUUAAACCACCAUCUCCACUAACAACCUUCGGUGCAUCUGAAGUGGAGAAGGCACUGCGUACCAUGCAAACCGGCAAACAUAUGGGCAAACUCGUCAUUGUUCCUAGUCCAAAAGAAGUGGUUAAGGCUCUUCCUCUCUCCGAGAGCACCCUGCUGUUCCGCCCAGAUGCGUCAUAUGUUCUGGUCGGCGCAUUUGGCAACCUUGGACGGCUUCUGGCUUUUUGGAUGGUAGAUCAUGGUGUCCGACAUCUGAUCCUUUUCAGUCGAAGCGGUAAGAAAUCAAGCGAAGCGCAAGCAACUGUCGAAUCGUUGGAGAAACGAGGUGUAACUGUCACGGCCCCGGCAUGCGAUAUCAGUGAUGCCUCCCAGCUUUCAGAGUGCCUUGGCACUGCGAGCUCUCUGCCCCCAAUUCGCGGGAUGAUACACGCUGCUGCGGUAUGGCAUGAUACACAUCUUGAGCAUUUAGAAUACGAUGACUUUAACUCUAUAGUGUGGCCCAAGGUCCGGGGUACUUGGAACUUACAUAAUUAUUUACCAAAAGAUAUGGACUUUUUCUUUCUCGUGUCCUCUAGUGUUGGAGUUACAGGCGUUGCCAGCCAGGCCGCCUAUGCAGGCGCAUCCACAUUCUUAGCUUCAUUUGCCGCCUACCGACGUGGGCUUGGGCUCCCAGCAGUUUCUGUUGACUUUGGGAUCAUUCUUGGUACUACAUUAGGAAACAAUGCUGAACUUGUCUCGAACACAGGACGACAGGGCGUACGGGCAUUAUCCGAGGAAGAGUUCCUGGCUACUGUUUCUUCGGCCGUGCCAGACGGGGGAUAUGACAGCUGUCACAUUAUUACAGGGCUUAAGGCUUGGGAAGAAAGCCUUUCUCUGGUCUAUAGAGAACCCAGAUUUUCCCACAUGCAAUCAUCAAGUGACCAGUCAACAGCGUGGGGGGAUUCAGAGGCGCCAUCUCUCGAUCGCCUACGCGUGAAAUUGAGACAAGUGAAGACCAUGGAGGAUGCGAUUGAAAUGAUUUCAGAAGGAAUCGUCUCUAAAUUAUCUGCUUUAUCUAUGGUGCCAAUUAACGACAUACAGCUUUCCCAGACGUUGUCUAGCUAUGGAGUUGACUCGCUAGUUGCGGUAGAACUCAGGAAUUGGAUAUUCUCAGAGCUCGACACGACUGUAUCUGUCUUGGAAAUAUUGGCCAAUGAUGCCAUAAGUUCUUUUGCGGAAAAGGUGGCUUCAAAAUCCAAGCUCCUGAAUGUGUAA